UUCAUUUUCAAUAGUGGCUUCGUAUCAUCUACUUCCUUGUUUUCACAAACUAAAGAUAUUAAAACGAUUUUCAUAUAUUAAUAAUGAUUGUCAGUGCGUUUUACUGUAUUAUUGCAGGUGCAACAACUAUAUAUUUGAUGUUUUCAAUGCUGCAAUUUACACGGUUCCUGUCAUUCUUGAAAGUUCCUGAAAAUGACACAGAUGCAACAACAUUCACUUUGUUCACAAUUGAUGUUUGUCUUGUUGUGUUAUUUAUGGCUCAGCACAGUGGUCUGGCCUCAACAACAUACCGUAAGAAGCUUGAUGAUUGGGGUUUAACUCCCAUAGCAAGAUCAGUUUAUGUGCUUUCAUCGGCUUUAAUGCUUCAGUUGUUGAUGUAUCUGUGGGAACCAAUAACAGAAGUACAUUUCUGGGUGAUUGAUAUAUCGGACAGUCCAUUACUUGCCUUCUUCUUCACCGUCCUACAUGUUGUGCUGUGGAUUAUUUUCUUCAUUCAGGUUCUCAUAUAUGAACCUUUGCAUUUGAUAGGACUCAAACAGGUUUACCACCAUAUAAAGAACUUGCAGACUCCUCAGUCAUACCUCCAUCCACGUCUCCGACUUCUUCUUACACAAAUGCCACAUUCAGGUGCCGGAUGUUUCAUUGCCAUCCUGUGGUUACAGCCCUAUAUGACGUUUGACAGGAUGAUAUUAGCCACUGUGUUUACAGCAUAUCUUUGUUGUUCAUUCACACUGAGUGAGAAAGACUACCAGUUUGUAAAAAAAUGUUCAUGGUCAACGAAAACAGUUCAUUCUGUGUCUUACAGGAGCAAGAGAGAUAGAUAGUCAAUUAACUACUGAUUUUGUAACUUUGCUGUAAUUGCUAAUUGUUAUUGACUUGAUAGGAGGCACUUUUAAUAUGUCUUUGCAAAGUAUCUGUAGCAUAAGAGUCUGUCAGAUGCCUGGUUAAAAUAGAUUUAUUACUGUAUGAAGUUUUUGCAACAUUUGGAUAAUAGUCUGAUAUUUUAGACAUCAGUUUAUUAAUAGAUGGUCAGAUCUGCAUUUGAUAUCAUUGAAAAUGAAGUAGAUUUAAAGUGCCAUGAAACAGAAAUGAAAUAGUCACCUGUAUAGUGGAUAUGUUAUCGCUUCACUUUGAAGCAACAAGUUGAUAGACAACAUUUGAAUACACAAUGACUUGAUGGUGAUUUCUUAACUUUAUUGGACUUGAAGUUUUUUGAAAGCAAAUGAAUCAUUUCCUAAUUGUAACAUAGAUUUUAAAAAUUAUAAAUGAGGCUGACUAAGUGCACAUACCAGCUCCACUUUGGUUACAAAAUACUUUUGGUAAGUCAAGGUAAGGUUGUUUAAAGUUAAAUCUACAUUGUCAUGUAUUUUGUACUAAUUAUAAUGUAGUAAUGAUUCACUUUUAUUUGUUUGUUGUUUUUAUAGUUUCUUUGGUGCUAAUAUUUAUUUUGUAUUUAUUUAUGAAUUGACAUUGUGUGCUUAUGGUUUUGGUUCUGCAUGCUGUUUGCAUUUGUAAAUAUUAAGGAAAUGUUUAUAUGCCCAAAAGGAUGAAUUAUUUGAUGGUGCUGGUUGACUUACUGUCCUUUUAGCAAUUUAGAUCCAUGUCUGCUAUUGAUUUGAAAGUAUUAGUCUAAGGUUAAGGUCACAGUAACUGUUAACAGAAAAAAAACUGUUUCUGCUGAAUAUCUCGAGAGAGAGGCAGGCAAAUAGUCCAUAUAUAGUGGAUGUGAGGUCAUAUGGCUUAAAGUCAAGGUCACAGUCUCUCUUAAUAAAAAAGAAACAUCUCUGCUCAGUAUUAUAAGAAUGCUUUGACCUAAGAUUCUCAAACAUGAUAUGAACAUUGCUCAUUGGAAGUUGAUGACCUCUUUUGAUUUUGAGGUCAAAUGUCAAGGUAACAAUAGUUGUUAGUACAAAGCUCAGUGUAUCAAGAUACCAUUGACUUACAAUCCUCAAACUUUGGAGACAGAUUGUCCAUGUGUAGUGGAUGACGUCCCUUGACCUUGAGGUAAUAGAGUUUAAGGUCAAGGUCAAAGUGACUGUUGAUAAAAUGG